UAGGCGUGUUCACUCCUCCUACAGGUCUAGCAGCACUUGCACUCAAGAAAGUGUAUAGACCUACGUCUACGUACAUAGCUUCACUUUUAUAAUAGUAUGUCUCUGAACUACUCUCUCGCUUUCAAUACUGAUGAGCUGAUCGACUGGUUAGCAGCCAAAGGGGUGGACUCAGAGGACUGUGCCAAGAUCAGAAAUGCUAAGUUUCGAGGAGCGUCGUUUAUCCGGAUAGAAAAGGAGGAGCACUUCAAGGAGUUGGGGAUUCCCCUAGGUGCACGCCUCCACUUGGAGGACCUAAUCAGAGAAGCCAAAGAAGAAGCUAAAGUAACAGUACCCACCACCCAACCCCCUCAAUCGGUGCAGGCGCCUACCAAGACACUAGGACCUGUUAAUGGCAAUUUAUCUGCGAGCAACUUGUGUAGAGAGCUGAAUAGUCUCAUAGAGUGGAGAAAGCUCGCUAUUGGACUAAAUCUGGGCUCGAGCGUAAUGGAGAAAAUUAGAAGAAACCAUCCCCAAGACAUCGAUGACCAGAAACUUGCUCUGUUUGGUUAUAUCGAGAAGAACUCGCGGAGCCUUGGGAUCACCUGGGCAACCAUCUGCGAGGCCCUGGAGGACUUUGAGGGAAAUCUAGCCUUUCUCCUCAGGCAGAAAUACUGUGGUGUAGAGAGGCUGUUAUCUUCAAGCUCAGAUCCAGGAUAUGAAGUCGGUAUGACCAUUGUUGAAGAUCCAAAUCAGCUCGGACUACGCCACUUGAGACCAAUCCACGAUGCUACCUACGAUGUUAGAAGCAAAUGGAGAUCGUUUGGAUUGGAACUCGAUCUAGAUCCACCGUCACUUGAAGCCAUUGAUACGCGGUACCGUGGCGAUCCGAGUGAGUGUUUCCGUGCUAUUCUGGAGAUGUGGUUGCAGAAAGAUAAAGACAGUCCAUCAUUUCCCACUCUCUUGAGUGCCCUCAGGUCCCCCCCUGUGGGUUACGCAGGACUGGCUCGAACCAUCGAAAAAAUGGACGAUGAUAAGAAGAAAAAAAUUGGUUUUCAUUUGUAGCAUUAUUAUUUUUUUAGCUUUUUGUGAAUCAGAUAUUCCUGCAUUUCAA